CUCUUUUUUCCUUUUCUACUCCCUCAAUUCCCUGUUCUUCUCCCUCAUUCCUGUUGUGCUCUUUCUUUCCUGUUCUACUCUCUCGCUUUCUUGUUUUUCUUCCUCUUUCUUGUUCUGCUCUCUCUUUCCUGUUUUACUCUCUAGCUUUCCUGUUCCUUUCCCUCUUUUCUGUUCUAAUCUAUUUCCCUUCUCUUCUCUGUCUUUCCUGUCGUGAUCUCUCUUUCCUUUUCUACUCUUUCUCCUGUUUGGUUUUCUCUCCCAUGUUGUGCUCUCUCUCUCUCUCUGCUCUUCUACCCUCACUUUCUUGUUUUGCUCUCUCUCUCUCUCUCUCUCUCUCUCUCUCUCUCUCUCUCUCUCUCUCUCUCUCUUUCUCUAUUUCACACCCGCUCCCUCCUUCUCCGCAUUCUCCUCCUCUCCCCUUGCUGGCACAGAUUUCUGCACUUAUUAAGGUCCUGGUGUGAUUAUCUUCUGGAAUCUCAUGCGCUUGUUCUGUAUUCUCAAUGUGGUGAGAUUGAGAAGGUGACAGUGGGAUGGGCCAAGAAGGGGAAAUGUGCUUCUCAGUGACUGUGUGACUGUGUCUGUACAGGACACCCUUUCUUUGAAUCCCAUUAUUGAUCAAAGUUCAUUGGGACUAUUUUGGCUCCUUAUCCAAAGAUCACUGGAGCCUCAAAGAUCCAAGCGGCUUGGACGCUUCAUUGUUCAUGCCAGCAAAGAUUCCUACUGGAAAAUUGCGGUGUUGGGGUAAAAGUGGAAAGACCCUUGGAGACCGAAAGAGGAGAAGAGAAGACGGGAAGAGGCAGAGGAAGAGGGUUUAAUGUGGGGCACAGGAAGCAUCAAUCGAAAUGGGGCCAUCCCCACAUUUCUGCGGACCCCAACAAUGAUCCAGCCUCAUCUGGAUAUGAAGCCCUUUCUGCAGUUUCCAAUGGAGACUGCUCCUCCACACAGUGUUGGGCUCUUCCACAAUUUCAAUGCGAUGGAUCCUGUCCAGAAGGCAGUGAUCAACCACACCUUUGGAGUCCCUUUAAUCAAGACCAAACGGCCAAUAAUUUCCUGUAAUGUCUGCCAGAUCCGAUUCAACUCAGAGAGUCAGGCAGAAGCCCACUACAAGGGGAACCGCCAUGCUAGGAGAGUCAAAGGCAUCGAGACCUCCAAGAGCCGCCCACAAGAGAGCGACAAACCUCCUCCUGGGCCCAUCUCUUCCCCUUCACCUACAGGACCCCUGCCUGCCAACUUGGACACUGACCCAAGCAAAGCAGAUGAGACGCAGCCCGCACUACAGUUAAAUGGAUCCACGGUGGCCCCGGGGCCCGUAGCUGUUUCUACUUCCCCAACCCCAGAUUCUCCUGGCCCUUCUGCCUGUCCCCUUCUGCCCACUCCUACUACCCCUCAACCGCCCCCAGCCUCCUCUUCCUCCCCCUGCUGUGACAACACAGAGCAGGCAGGCACUGGGGUCCCUGGAGAAACAUCAGCCACCCCCAGCAACCCUGAGACUGAAGAGGACAAAUCCAAAAAGAUGCUUUACUGCUCACUGUGCAAAGUGGCCGUCAAUUCACUCUCCCAGUUGGAGGCCCACAAUAAAGGCACUAAACACAAAACCAUUCUAGAAGCCCGCAGUGGACUCGGCCCCAUUAAGGCAUACCCUCGUUUGGGUCCGAAGCCCAGUGGAGAGCAGGGAGGAGGGGAAACAGACCCCAACACUCAGGAACGCACCUUCCACUGUGAGAUCUGCAACGUGCGGGUCAACUCAGAACUGCAGCUCAAACAGCACAUAUCAAGUCGAAGGCACCGGGAUGGAGUGGCAGGAAAGCCCAACCCCCUCCUAAGCCGACACAAGAAGCACAGGGGAGCUGACCUUGCUGAUCUCACCAAAGCAUUAGGUGCCGGCCUCCUGCCUAGUCCUCUGGCUGUUGCUGCAGCAAUGGCAGCUGCCGCCUCCUCCAAUCCGCUGGCUCUCCGCGCAGCAGCUCCCACCCACCAUCCGCAUCAUCACCUCCUGCAGGGUCCGCCUCUCAGCCAUGCCAUCUUGAGACCAGCUCCUGGGCCCAUACGCACCUCACAUGGGCCAAUCCUCUUCUCUCCGUACUAACUUCACCCACACCCCCUUAGCCAACCACAGCCAGUCAGGAGCUUCACCUCCAAAAGCACACUGUGACGAAAAAAAUUAUAGUGAAAUACCACAGCAAUGACACAAAUCAACUCAUCAACAAAAAAGUAAACUACUAAAGAAGCAGAAAGGGUAAAGAAGUGAGAUAAACCAAGGAGGGUGUGAAACGACCCAACGGGCGUUACAACCCUCUUUCCAUCACCCUUAACUGCCUCCUCUAUAAGUAAUUAUCAUUGGUGUAUGGAUGGAUGAAUAAAUGGACAAAUGCAAGGAUUGUUGGAAUAGAGCAAUAUUGUAUGCUGAAUGCAUUCCAUGUCCUUGUUCAUUAUCUUCUAUUCUUCCCACUAUUUAUACACAUACUGUGAGCAGAAAUGCUGGAAAUGACUUAGGUCAUUAGGUUUAUAGAGAGCCCACAAAACACAAAAUACACACAGAGACACAUUCAAACACACUAAGACUACAGUUGCUGUAUGUGUUGUGUGCCAUGGUACCUUGUCGUUCUGGCUCUGCAUCCUAAACCCUAUGCACCUUGAUAAAAAUAACAAAUACCCUGUUACAUCAGUAUGGUAGCUGCUUCUAGUAGUCUUAGCUUAGCAAGUUCAAGUUUCAAGUUUAUUUUAUUCAACUUGUUCCCUGUCUGGCUUUAGCUUCAGAACGCAUCUUUACAAGAUGGAAACACCACACUCUUCAAUGCAGUUCCACCAGUUUCCAUAUCAAGUUGAAAACUGUGGGCAGGCAUGGUCUAAGGAUGCCCAACUCUUUCUGAAUACUGGCUCAAUGCUAGUUUAGCAACACAUCUCCACCAAAUCUAGCGUGAGAAGCAAAAUACAGUGGACUGCAUUGUGUAAAAGGUUCUCUCCAGAAAGCAAGAUAUCAGACAAAUCAGUUGCAUCUCUCCAGGGAAAGGAGAGAUGUAGAAGAGAUAUGACUUAUGUCUUUUGUGUAGCUUUUACAUCCCUAAGUGUUAAAAGCAGGUAAUGUGUCAGACUAAAAACACCCCUGACCCCUCUUAGAUCUUAGAAGACAGUAGAUGUCUAUUUAUUCUAUUGUCACUUGUGUAGCAUAGUUUAGUUCAAAACAUCAAAGCCUGUUGACAAAGAAAAUAUUCAGAAAUUAAAUAUGUACGUAGAGGAUGAUGUAACUGUCAGUUGACGCUUAAUUAGAUGGCUUGGUACUAAGGCGACAAACCUAAGCACACACUUGGACUAACAUACAGGGUCCUUGGUUCAUUCUGUCUCUGUAUGUUCUAUGGAGAAUGGAGAUUAUGCAACCCAUAAAAAAAGGAUGGUAGCUUCUAACAAGCAAUAUUAUGGCCCCCUUCUCAUUCUUUGUCCAACUUCCUGCCUGCAUCCUAGCAAAGGACUGACACCACAGGACUGUCAGCCACUCCAGCAGCCUACAAGAAAAUGAAUUCAAUUAUCAAAGUUUAGUUAGAAUAUGUGGGCUGAAACAGAGGAUGCAAGGUCACAGAGGACAUGACUGUGCAAUGUCCCCUUUUUUGGUAUGAACUUCCUAUCUUGAAUCUAAAGCCAUGCGAUGCUUAUUAUUUUUGUUCUUUUAUUAUGAUUAAUCAAUGCUAAUGUUUUGUUGUAAUGUUUUUGUUCAUAUCACACUGUUAUGUUGAACAAAUAUUGUUGUGAAAAAUCUGAGGAUAAAAAUGUGGAAUAUUUUUUUAUGGAUGAUUGAAAACCUGCACUUGGGAGAAAUCGAAAUGGCCUACUCAUUGUAGAUAAUGCAUUUGGACAAAGUGAAGUACUCCUAUGAAUGGAAUAACAAAACAAAAAUACAAGCAAGGACACUCUUCUCACAUCAAGUACUGUUGGAGAUACACUGUGCCCUUCAUUGACAAGCAAAGUGCAACAAUGUCUUACUGUUGUUUGGAUAUUGCAAUGCAAUAAGCAACUGAAUUAUGUAAUUUUUGUUUUUUUUUGUUUUAGAUGAGCAUAAACCUAAUGUACCAGGUUUUAUAAAUGGUUAUGUAUGCCUGCUGAUAGGCCUCAAUGUUCUUCCACAGAGAUAUUAGCCUUUGCAGUACUGAGGGUGGGAAUUUUGAGCAAGAAAUGGGCACCCACAGGGACUGGCCCUUCAUAUUAAAGGGUCUUAUCAAUAUCUGAGUGGUAUAAAUAUAAAAAACAAUGUGUACAGCCAUAGCCUUUGCAUAUGUAGCUUAAUUUUACUUUUUGUUUGUUUGUGGCAUUGUUUGCAUUGUGUAGGAAGCAGGUUUCAUACAUCAUGAUUAUGCCUUUACGUCAUGCUAACUGUGGUUAGUAUCCACCGUUGUGCUUUUGAUGGACUUUACCUCUGUUUGUUUUCUAAUUAGUUUCUUAUGCACUAGGGUGCUGUAGUUCAUGUUGGUGUGUAUCGUGUAGUGCUGUGUGCGUACAAACAGAACCCGGUCUGGAAAAAGACAUUUGCGAUAGUGUAGAGGCUAGCAAUGGGCUUAAUGGAGCUCAUUGCUUUUUAAGCAGAAUCUGCUUUAAAAGGAUAGUACAAUCAAAAAUGAAAAUUCUGUCAUCAUGUGCUUAAAGGAAUAGUUCACCCAAAAUGUUUAAUUCUCUCAUCAUUUACUCACCCCCAUGCCAUCCCAGAUGUGUAUUACUUUCUUUCUUCAGAUGAACACAAAUUCAUUUUUAGAAGUAUUUCUCAGCUCUGUAGGUCCAUACAAUGCAAGUGAAUGGGUGCCAAAAUUUUGAAGCUCCAAAUAUCACAUAGGUCAGUAUAAAAGUAAUCAUAUGACUCCAGUAGUUAAAUAAAUGUCUUCAGAAGUGUUAGGAUAGGUGUGGGUGAGAAACAGAUCAAUAUUUUAUAAAAUUUUUACUAUAAAUUCUCCUCCCUGCUCAUUCAAUCUCCUCUUAUCUUUCACUUUCACAUUCUUCUUCUUGUGUUUUUGGUGAUUCACAUUAUUUAAGGAUACACCCCUCCUGGGCAGGGGGAAAACUUUCUAAUUUAAAGAUUUAUCUGUUUCUCACACACACCUAUCCUAUCUCUUCAGAAGACAUGUAUUUAACCACUGGAGUCUUAUGGCUUACUUUUAUGCUGACCUAUGUGAUUUUUGAAGCUUCAAAAUAUUGGUACCCAUUCAAUUGUAUGGACCUACAGAGCUGAAGUAGUCUUCUAAAAUCUUAACUUGUAUUCUGCCGAAGAAAGAAAGUCAUGCACAUCUGGGAUGGCAUGAGGGUGAGUAAAUGAUGAAAGAAUUAAAUUUUUUGGGUGAACUAUCCCUUUAACCUCAUGUUGUUUUAAACCUGCAUGAAUUACUUUUUUCAGUGGAACUCAAAAGUGCAGCAGUCUAACAGGGUGUUAGCAUGUUAGCAGAGUCCCUAACAUUCUGUUUCUUUUCGUGUUCCACAUAGACAUAUGGGGUUUAAACAAUUUGAAGGUGAGUAAAUGACAACAGGAUUUCGAUUUUGUGGGGGUAAACUGUUCCUUUAAACUGCAAAUCUGUUAUUAGUCGUUUCUAUCACAGACAUAAUUAAAACAAUAAGAAGGCAAUGUAUCUGUGUGAUUUCAGAUUUGCAGUUCAAAGUAAUUCUAUAUUACAAACACUAUGCGCACUGACACAGACUGUAGUUUGAAACCGGGUGUCCAGUGCCCCUUUGAAACCAUGUCAGGUGAAAAGCUGACAGCCCAUCACUGCUGACACAUACUUGCUUAAAUCCCUCCAUCAACACUGUAAAGACCAUAUUCAUCCUGUAGUCAUCUCUGAAAAAAAAGUGUCAUCAUUGUACAGAAUUAUCAAGAGCUCUUUAAUAGAUUUGUUCAACCUAUCAGGGCAGGUGUGAUGUUAGCGGUGAAGUCUUUUUUAGCCUUAGCCUUAUUCCACCCCAGGCCUCUCCAGGAGCGGAUGUGUAAUGGAGAAGCUUUGGUCAAAACCUUGUCUUGCCAAUAAAGUUAUUUUUUAAUUGAAUUGUCAGAUGGGAAAAGAGUAUGUGUGACAGAACGUAGCAAUAUUGAACUAAUACUGGGUACUCUUGUUUAUUGAAAUAAGGAAAUCAAACAAUAGAUGCAUAUGUGAGUAAAAUAUUAUAGAUGUAAUUUAAAUUAAACACGGAACAAUAUGGAAAUACUUGGUAUCAGAGAAAAUUGGUUUCCACAGGGGUGAAAAAAUAAAUGUCUAUAAAUCAAUAAAGAAUAUUAA